UUAUUUUCUAGUAAGAUCAAAGAGCCAGAAGAAAUCACUUCAUCCAGAAUAUAGCUGAUCCAACCAUACUUAAUAUAGACUGUCAUUUAACAUCAAGAAGGAUGCAGGAAAAUCUCAGGAGUUCCAUUUUCAGAAUCCCAAGCUUGCUCAAAGUGCAAAAUGAAAGGGCCUAUAAGCCCCAUGCAUUUUCAUUUGGUCCCUGGCACUUUCACAACCAAGAUCUGAUGAGGGCUACAAAACAAUUUAAAAAGAUGCUUUUCAAAGGACUAAUUCAGCGCUUUCGAGAACGACUAAAUGUAAAUGUUGAAGUAGACUUGUCGCUCAGCGAACAAGAGUUGGAAGGAGCAGUUUCGGCUAUAAGAGAAAGAUUGAAAAAUGCCAGGUCGAACAAAAAAAGGGAAUUGCAAGAAGCCAUCAAAGCGGUGGGGAGCAAGGCCCGUGAAUGUUAUGAGGGAGGCAUUGUUGUUACCCAAGAGGAAUUCCAUAAACUCUUGUUACUUGAUGGUUGCUUUAUUAUCGAGUUGUUCCGGAAAGGCGCUGGAGAGGUGUCUCUACAGGAAAGUGAGUAUACACUCUUCUCAAGUGGUAUGAUUCUGACUAUUUAUCAUGAUCUAUUUUUGCUAGAAAACCAAAUACCUUGGUUUGUACUUGAGCUCUUGUUUGACAAGACCAGAGGCCCCGAGAGCAAAAUGACUUUGGUUGAACUUGCUAUCACAUUCAUCCACUCCGCAUUCUCAUCAGAUGAUAAACAUCUGAUAUCGAAUGAGCUUCUUAACAGCAGCUCAAGGAUCGUUCAUAUCAUUGAUCUUACGGUACGUUAUUUGGGUUCCUCAGCAAAAUUAGAGAGAGAAAAACAGCAGCCGAAGCAGUCGCAAUCCAGGAUUAAUUGGGGACGUUGUUUGUGUUCCUCAGCAAAAGAGAGAAAAAAACAGCAGCCGAAGCAGUCGCAACACCUGAUUGAUUAUAAUUCUAUUCCUUCUGCCACUAGACUUAGAGAGGCAGGAGUCAAAUUUAAAACAGUUGCAAAAAGAAACAUAUUGGAUGUAAGAUUCGAUGAGAACAAGGGUAAUCUUGAAAUCCCAUCUUUGCUGAUUCAUCCAGCUACGGAAGCAAUAUUUCGAAACCUCAUUGGCUUCCAGAUAUGCAGCCCUUGGGUUUGGUGGGCUUGGGUCGCUCCUAGUGUGAUAAUAAACUACACAGUGCUCCUAGAUUGCCUGGUGGACAGUACUGAGGAUGUGGAUUUACUCUGCAGAUCUGGGAUUUUUAGUAACUGGUUGAACAAUAAGGAGGCGGUUGACCUCUUAAACAGACUUUGCAGCGGGUAUCAAAUGGAGAAGUUCCAUUAUGCUCAUCUUUGCGAGGAAAUAAACAGUUAUUGCAGGAAAUGUUCGCGACGAUGGCGAGUUUCUUUCAUCGACAACUAUUUGACGAAGCCAUGGGCUAUCGUGUCUGUAAUUUUUGCCGCCAUCGUCUUGGUUUUCACCAUCAUGCAGGUCUUCUAUAAGUAGGAGAGUCGAGUUUUUUAGAUUUGUCAAGGUAUAUAUUGCCUGGAUAUUGCUCUAAUAUGUUCUUUUUCUUUUGCUUGUACUCUUUUGAUUGACGUUGUAUUUUUGCUCUGUUGCUUCGACAAAAUAUUAUUUUUGAAUUGGUUUUUUUAGUUAUCUCUAUAAUUAACCAUAUAUAUUCAUGAUCAAUAUAUAAGCUCACAAUAUAUGGCCUUCAAUCGU